AUGGCUGGGAUCAAGGAAAAGAACAACCCAGACCUGGGUUUGGUCCCGGGGAACGGGGAGGUAGAGUUGCAGAGUAGCCUUGAAGAAGGCCAGGUCGGUAUCAAUGAGAAGGCUCUGCUACGGAAGCUGGAUUCUAAGCUGCUCCCACCGUUGACGAUACUCUAUCUUUUGUCCUUCUUGGAUCGGAGCAAUGUCGGCAACGCCCGCUUGGAGGGCAUGGCGACUGACAUCGGAAUGACGGGCAACAUGUACUUGACCGGUCUGACGCUGUACUUCAUCGGAUACGUUGCUUUUGAAGUGCCUUCGAAUAUUGUCCUCAAGCGGACCACGCCGCGAAUCUGGCUCCCAACGCUGACGUUGAUUUGGGGCAUUGUUGCCACGCUGAUGGGCGUGGUGGAGAAUUAUGCCGGAUUCCUCACGUCCCGGACAGCCCUCGGAAUUGCUGAAAGUGGAUUGUUUCCGGGCGUGGUUUUCUAUCUUUCCAUGUGGUAUAAGCGGAAUGAACAACACUAUCGGGUGGCCCUGUUUUUCAGCGCUGCAUCGCUCGCUGGCGCCUUUGGAGGCAUUUUGGCCUGGGGCAUUGCACAUAUGCGCGGUGUGGGCGGAUAUAACGGCUGGCGAUGGAUUUUCAUUCUGGAAGGGCUGGCGACCAUUGCCAUGUCCGUCGUCGCAUACUUCUGGGUCUACAACUAUCCUGCUACUGCGGAAUUUUUGUCAGACAAGGAGCGUGCUUUCAUUCAGUUCCGCCUGAAGAGCGACAGCGAUGCAACUCGGGACGAGCAGUUCAGCUGGACAGCGGUGCUGGAUGCGUUCAAGGAUGUCAAAGUGUGGCUGUAUGGAAUCUGCUUCCAUACGAUGUCCCUACCAUUGUAUACAUUGUCAUUGUUCAUGCCUACAAUCAUCAAGGAACUGGGCUACUCCGCUGCAGAAGCCCAGCUUCUCACAGUUCCUCCGUAUGCUCUGGGGUUCAUCCUGACAAUCUCCAUCGCUAUUCUGUCUGAACGCACAAGACGCCGCGCACCUUUCAUCAUCGGAUCCACCACGCUCGCAUGCAUAGGUUACAUUCUCCUCCUCACUUCCAAGCGAGCAUCUGUGUCAUACGCCGGAGUCUUCUUCGCCGCUGGCGGCAUCUACCCUUCCGUGGCUAUCGUGCUCGCUUGGCCAGCCAACAACGUAUCCGGCCAGACUAAGCGAGCCAUCGCCAACGCGAUGCAGAUCUCAAUCGGUAAUUUGGGCGCAGUGCUAGGGACGCAGCUUUAUCGGACGGAAACCAGUCCGCGGUACUACUUGGGCCACGGGUUCGCCCUAGGGUAUCUUGUCGCAAAUGUAGUCGUCGUUAGCCUGCUGUGGGUUGUCCUUAACCGGGAGAAUGCCGAAAAGGCCAAGCUGAGGGAUGCACAGGGCAUCACUGCUGUUAUCAGUGAUAUGGGCGAUGUAGAGGGCGACUUUCUCGGGGAUAGGGAUCCUCGGUGGAUCUUUCAGACAUAA